AUGGAAAUCCAAGAGCAACAAACGGAAUUACCAAACAACAGACUAAAGAAAUUUCGCAAACGGAUCUUUCAGCGGAUAAACAAGGUGAACGAUGAUCAACAAACGAAACUUCUCGAAGAGCAGAAUAAAAAAGUUGAAGGGCCGAUUCGAAAUGAAGAUUACGAAGCUACUGGAUUCGUCAUCGAUCCACAGAACCGUGUCUAUCAUUAUUGGCUUGCUGUCAUCUCACUUGCUGUUUCCUACAAUUUUCUUCUCAUUCCGGCUCGCUAUGCAUUUGCUGAACUUGAUAAACGAUACAAAUACAUCUGGAUCUCGCUCGAUUACGUGUCCGAUUUCAUUUAUUUAGUUGAUAUUUUCUUCCAGUCGAGAACAGGUUAUUUCAGUCAUGGUUUAUUCGUUCGGAAUCAUCAUGUUUUAUCGCGAAAUUACUUUUCUUCACGUCAGUUCUAUAUGAACGAUCUUUUGGCAGUUUUUCCGACGGAUCUGCUGUACAUAUUUCCGCGCUUACGUUUUCUGUCGAUUAUUCGUUGUAACCGGUUCUUACGAAUCAAUCGUCUUUCACAAUUUCAAGAUCUAACUGAAUCAAGAACAAGAUUUCCAAAUGCAUUUCGAAUCGGAGUUCUUGUUUGUUUGACACUCACGUUAAUUCAUUGGAAUUGUUGUGCGUAUUUUCUCAUCUGUCAAUAUCUUGGUUUUGGCAGUGAUCAAUGGGUUUUACCAGCUUCAGCGCACAAUGAAACUGUGGCUAUGCUCUACACAUAUUGUUUUUAUUGGUCAACGCUUCUUUUGAGCACUAUCGGAGAUGUUCCUCUACCUGAAAAUCGAUCGGAAUAUGUAUUUGUCUUACUUGAUUAUAUGAUUGGUAUUCUCAUAUUUGCGACGAUUAUUGGUAAUCUUGGUACGAUGAUUUCCUCGCAAAACCAAUCGAGACAACAAGUUCGUGAGAAGAUGGAUGAAAUCAAACGAUAUAUGAAAUUCCGUUCGGUCAACCGAAAACUCGAGCAAAAAGUAACAAAAUGGUUGGAUUAUCUGUAUACAAAUCGUCAAGUGUUAAACGAAGAAAUGGUGUUGAAUUCUGACCUGAGUAUUGAAUUACGCAAAGAUUUAGCGAUCAAGGUGCAUUUGGAAUCACUUCAACAGGUGAAACUGUUUCACGAUUGUGAACCGAAUCUUCUUAUUGAACUUGUGACAAAAUUAAAACCAACAUUCUUCGGACCGGGAGAUUAUGUUUGUCGAAAAGGUGACAUCGGAAAGGAGAUGUAUAUCAUCAAACGUGGACAAUUAGGUGUCGUUAGUGAUGAUGGCAAAACAACGUUUGUUGUACUGAAAGAAGGAUCGGUUUUUGGUGAAAUAUCAAUUUUAAACAUUCCAGGUUCGAAAAAUGGAUGUCGUCGCACUGCGAAUGUCAAAUCGUUAGGAUAUUCGGAUUUGUACACAUUACAAAAGGAUGAUUUAUGGCUUGUUCUUGACAAUUAUCCCGAAUCGUUGUCGAAAAUUAUCGAAAAAGGAAAAUCUCUUUUACGAAAGGAUAAUCUCCUCGACGAAAGUCUGUCCGAUUCCCGACGGCAUGCCGAACAGGAUCAACUGUUAACAGUUCAAAGUCGCCUAAAAAAAUUAGACGAUCUCGAUCGAACUCUAAACGAACGAGUAACAAAAUUCCUCGAAACUUACGUUGAAUCGAUCAAACGAUUCAAACAGAAGUUGUCGAAACUCGAAUAUUUCUAUGGGACAAGAAAGCCAAGUGUGUCAUUGUCUAUCAGUACACCUCGAUCAGCACCUGCAGUUCCAUUCUAUGCUAAUCGAUGGAAACAAAAUAGUUCGAAUAAUCUGCUCAAAUAUCGAAGCACAUCAUUUCUGGAUGUCGACUGA